CGCUCGGGUGACUGCAGCUGCUCGGCUCCCCUCCCCCGCGCCGCGCCGCGCGGCCGCCCGUCGCCUCGCACAAGGCUGCAUGGUCGCAUCGGGCAGGGUGGCUCCAGGAUGUUAGGGGCUGUGAAGAUGGAAGGGCAUGAGAGCAGCGACUGGAACAGCUACUACGCGGACACGCAGGAGGCCUACUCCUCCGUCCCGGUCAGCAACAUGAACUCGGGGCUGGGCUCCAUGAACUCCAUGAACACCUACAUGACCAUGAACACCAUGACCACCAGCGGCAACAUGACCCCGGCCUCCUUCAACAUGUCCUACGCCAACCCGGGCCUGGGGGCCGGCCUGAGUCCCGGCGCGGUGGCCGGCAUGCCCGCGGGCUCGGCGGGCGCCAUGAACAGCAUGACGGCAGCAGGCGUGACGGCCAUGGGGACAGCGCUGAGCCCGGGUGGCAUGGGCGCCAUGGGCGCACAGCCCGCGGCCUCCAUGAACGGCCUGGGCCCCUAUGCGGCCGCCAUGAACCCGUGCAUGAGCCCCAUGGCGUACGCGCCGUCCAACCUGGGCCGCAGCCGCGCCGGCGGAGGCGGCGACGCCAAGACGUUCAAGCGCAGCUACCCGCACGCCAAGCCGCCCUACUCCUACAUCUCGCUCAUCACCAUGGCCAUCCAGCAGGCGCCCAGCAAGAUGCUCACGCUGAGCGAGAUCUACCAGUGGAUCAUGGACCUCUUCCCCUACUACCGGCAGAACCAGCAGCGCUGGCAGAACUCCAUCCGCCACUCGCUCUCCUUCAACGACUGCUUCGUCAAGGUGGCGCGCUCCCCCGACAAGCCGGGCAAGGGCUCCUAUUGGACGCUGCACCCAGACUCCGGCAACAUGUUCGAGAACGGCUGCUACUUGCGCCGCCAGAAGCGCUUCAAGUGUGAGAAGCAGCCCGGGGCUGGCGGCGGGGGAGGCGGCGGCGGCGCCAAGGGCGGCCCCGAGAGCCGCAAGGACCCUUCGGGCGCUGCUCACCCCGGGGCCGACUCGCCCCUGCACCGGGGGGUGCAUGGGAAGGCCGGCCAGCUAGAGGGCGCGCCGGCCCCCGGGCCCGCCGCCAGCCCCCAGACUCUGGACCACAGCGGGGCGGCGGCGACAGGGGGCGCCUCCGAGUUGAAGGCUCCGGCCUCCUCGUCUGCGCCCCCGAUAAGCUCCGGGCCCGGGGCGCUGGCGUCUGUGCCCCCCUCCCACCCGGCCCAUGGCCUGGCCCCCCACGAGUCCCAGCUGCACCUGAAGGGGGACCCCCACUACUCCUUCAACCACCCUUUCUCCAUCAAUAACCUCAUGUCCUCCUCGGAGCAGCAGCACAAGCUGGACUUCAAGGCCUACGAGCAGGCACUGCAGUACUCGCCCUACGGCGCCGCGCUGCCCGCCAGCCUGCCCCUGGGCAGCGCAUCGGUGGCCACCAGGAGUCCCAUCGAGCCCUCCGCCUUGGAGCCAGCCUAUUACCAAGGUGUGUAUUCCAGACCCGUCCUAAACACUUCCUAGCUCCCGGGACUGGGGGUUUGUCUGCCACAGUCACGCUGGUAGCAGGAGAGGAAACAAAACAAAACAAAGAAAAAAAAAAACACCACCAACAAAACAAAAACUCACACACACCAAACCAACAACAGCAUAAAAUCCUGACAACUAUUUUAUUUCUUUUUUUCCGUGCACAAUCUUUCCCCCAGUGCAAAGGACUGUUACUUUAUUAUUGUAUUCAAAACUCAUUGUGUACAUUAUGACAAAACCAACCAAUCCCCAAACCAACCAGUUUUUUUCCUGGGAAGUUGGAUGAUACACAAGUGUGUGUGUGUGUGUGUGAGUGUGUGUGACUCUCCUUCCUUUUUCCUUCCUUUCUGUCCUCUUUCCUCUUCAGACAUAUUCUAGUCUGGGCAGGGUUUAUUUAAAAAAAAAUGGUCAAGUUUGUAAAAUAUUUGUGCUGUUCCCCCUUUUCGCCUGACCUCUUGCUUACACACACAUGCGUGCACACACAUGGGUGCACACACAAGUUUACAGGUCUGUGGCAAUACUCUUAAACCCUAAGAAUGGAAGUGAAGACUGUAGGGGCUCUUAAAAGUAUGGAAAGACUUUACUGCUGUCUCACAGCAAGACAUAAACAGAUUGCAAACACCAGAGCCAUUGGGUUUUUUCAGUUUGCCUUUCCGGUCCCUUCAGAUAGCAGGUGUUUUUAAAUGAAAUUCAUAUACAUUGUGUUCAGACUUAAUCAUGCACAUGCUCACAUUUGUAGACAUCCUCCAUAUAUUUACAUAACAUAUAGAUGUAAUAGUUGGUGAUACACAUGCUACUGUUUUCAAGAGUUGCCUGACCAAGAAGUUACAAGGACCCCAAAGCCCUGGUCCUUUCUGCCCACAUAGGAACUGCCCCCCUGAGGAACUCUGCACCUGGCUUUGCAGAGUGCCAUGGUCAUGUCAUUCUGAGGUCACAUAAUGUAUAAAACUAGCUUUUGUGCAUACCAUUGAAUAUUUUUCUCCAGACUUUUGGGCAGUAUGAUUAUAUUGGAGGAGAGAGAAGUUGUAGGGAGCUGUAUUCCAAAAUUUGGUCGAAGAUUCCGAAGUCCUAUUGAUUGUGGCCAUUUUAAUUAUUGCCAUCAUGUGCUUGUUUCAUCCAGUGUUAAUGCACUUUCCACAGUUGGACAUGGUGUUAGUAUAGCCAGACGGGUUUCAUUAUUAUUUUUUUUUUUGCUCUCUCAAUGUUAAUUUAUUGCAUGGUUUAUUUCUUUUCUUUACAGCUGAAAUUGUU